AUGACCGAAGACUCUGAAGAAUGUAAUUUAACUCAACGCAAACCGCUAAUCCCAGAGAAACAACCAUUAUCUCCUGGUUCUUCUUCUAUCAUGGACGAUAAAGUUUUAGUCAAUAUUGUACGUCGAGAAAUACAGCAGUCUGUGACGGAGGCUGUUGAAUCAGCCGUCAAGAUUGACAUUAAUUUUAAAUGGGCAUGGUCGGGGCAUGGUCCUGUUUUCUGCUUCUGCGCGGCAGGUGACUUCACAAUAUCUCGUAUGCUUGGCAUGUACUCUGUGCUAAAAGCUCUGGCACUUAUUCACUGCACACUCUAUAUUCAUUACAAACCAGUAGUGUCAAUGGGGUAUUGGUCACUAACAUUGACCAUUAUUUUGUACUUCACGGAGGCUUUCUAUUUUCAUUCCACUAAUCUAAAUUUCUACAUCGUAUUCCCCUGUAUAUUAAAUAUAAUCACCCUCCUAGGACUUAUUUACCUGCCAGGUAAGCUAAAACUUUGGGGAACGGUGCCUGGAACCUCGGGCAUGGACAGGGAGGAUGACGACGAAAAUCUACAAAUCUUACGACAAAUGGGCAACUUUAGGCGGAGAAAGGCUGGCCACCCCAUCAAAAACAAGCACGUCUGA